AUGGAAGAGUUGCAAUGUGGCCUUCUUGGGUUUGCGUCCACAUCCUUCCCCCUUGCAAUAUGGGCGGCACGGCGGACUGGUGGAGACAAUAGCGGGAGGGCGUCGUCCGCCGUAUUAUCGCAGUUGCACCCAUCGGAGCGUGCGUUGAUUGAAGACGCUCUACCGCUUGGGGCAAUGUGUCAUGCCUUGCGCGGUGUGGCGACGGAUAUUGCAGUGGGCCGUACCGAAGGCUUGUAUCCCUCCGCUAUUGGAGCUGCCAUCACAAGAAUAUUGGAGCACUAUGAGAGUGCUGUCCAGAAUGCAACCACAGCAGCUGCCGUGGCCGCACUUCGCCCCGUGUACUUCCCUGCUUUUACACUCUUGACAGAGAUGGUGGAUCAGCAGAGGAAUACAGAUGCUGUUCUUUCUACUAUCCAUGCGUUUGUCUUGAAUCGUGAGAUUCCACAGGAGUUUAGAGUCUGUCUUGGAGAGUCAGUGUGGAUGGGUCUUCUCUACACCAUUGCGCACUACAUUGCUCAUGGCGUCGUAUUGCACGGUCGUAAGGACUUUUUUAUCUCUGUAAGGUCCAAAGGCGGAAAAGAAGAACACACCUUGCACAGUGACCUUCUCCCGCAUGGAGUUUCUAUGGAGCUUGGCAUGCUGAUUCUUUCCGUUGGCAAAGAGCGACGUAUAGUGCUCGGUGAAGCUGAGAGUCACGGCAGGGAGUAUCUUGAGCAGCUAGCGCUGGGGACGCAGGAUGAGAUGGCAAAUGCCGUUUUCAAUGCAAUUUAUAAUCCCUCGCUUUGCAAUGGUGGGUUUUUAGUGGUGGACGAGUUAGAGACACGCAUUGAGGCAGCUCGGGCUUUGUGGUCAAAGACACUUUGGUUAAAAGUAGGUGAACAAGCAGCCUUACACGAACAUCUUAUUGCUCUACGUGCAAUGUUUUUGUGCCAUCGAGGGGAUCUCUGGCAUGCCUUUGUGGAGGCUGUUUUUCCCAGCCUCGUAGACAGUGCCGUGCACAAGACCAUCGUGAAGGAGGCCGCCAUUGGCCGCGUUGUGGCGGACGCCUUUCUGCAUGCUUUGAGCGUCACUGGUUUAGCCGAGACACCCGUUUAUGAACGAUUUGACAUGUUUAUUCUGCUUCCACUUGAAAUUGGUGAGAGCAAGUUGCGUUCUAUCGAGGAAACGGCGCGGACCAUUCUUUGCUACAUGCGAGGCCUUGGGCUUCACUACGUCGUGCCUCGUGGUCUUCACUUGGUUUUGUCGCCCAAGGCAUUGGAGUACUACCAAAGGAUUUUUUCAUUCCAUAUUGCCAGACGAUUUUCACUGCAUGCGCUUCAUGCCGUUAGACACGUCUUCUCGGAGGCUUCUGUGACGAACAGGCAACCCUCAGCUGAGCUCCGUCGCACCUUUGCUGUGAUGCAACUGCUCUUAUUCCUUCACACCACAUUAGGCUCCCACCUGCAAGUGGAUGUCAUUCUGUUGCAAACCACGGAGCUGGAAAAGUCACUGGAAAAGUGCAAAAGUGUACAGGAGGCGAAAAAAUGUCUGGACCGGUGCGUGUGGCACGUUGCAGAAGGCUCUUUCAUCACAGAGGGUUCGGGCCCACUUUUGGUGGCGUGUGAGUCCCUUUUCCAGUGCUCCAUCGCCCUCUAUGUCCUCUGUACGCGCUAUCGCUUGACAUCGUGGGCGGUGGACGGGGCGCAGAUUUCACUUGAGGUCUCUGCGGCGCUCGCCGCGUUAGAGACGCGAGUGCAGCAGGAUGUAGUGGCAGCUUUUACUGGGCAUCUUUCGGGUUCUGCAACACGUGCCACGGAGCGGGCCCUGUGGGCGCGGCUUGAUUUUAAUCGCUUCCUCUCCGCUGGUGUGCGCCUAAGAAGCACAACGGAGUUUGCACAGCCUGCCACGACGAAGUCGAGGACCGCGUCAGGUCUACGAGCAGCAGCAGCAGCAGCAGCCAAAGGGGGAAGAGGAGCAGGCGGCGGCGGAGGAGGGGCGGCUACAGGACAUGGCACAACUGCAGCGCGUGGGCGUACGGAUCUCCUGCCACGCGCCGCCUCCGCCACUACGAAGGCCACACGUGGGUGA